AAAAGAAAUUGAAAGCAUCUAAAACUCAAAAAGGAAAGCUGAUUAAUGGUUUUGGUUGGAUUUUACAUUUAGUUUUAAACGUCGUUUAUAUUUGGUUUUAUAAGUGGAAUUGAAUUAAUUUUGUGUUGAGAAUAAUGUAUAUGUUUGGUAUUAGAAAUUUGUCAUGUGUGAUGUGUUAAAUUUGACAACGAAAGCUGUCCACAAGGCAUUAGGAAAGGUGAAAAAUGUAAAACGAUAUAGCAUAGAUUAAAAAGUUAAGAAAAACGAAGUCGAAGAAAACAGAAAACGAGUUCACCCGCCUGACCGCCAGCGUGUCUAUUAGCCAUCAUUCAGAGAAGAGAGAAAAGUUAAAAAACGAAUAGCCGUGAGUGGGAUACUGCAAUAAAAUUCAGAAUUAGAGGAAGUUAAAUAACAUUUUCGAAAGUUAUAUGAAUAGGAGUUUUCAGGUACGAUAUACAAUUUUUGUUUAGCGGCAAAAGAUUAUAUUUGUGCGGAAAUUUUAAUAAAGGCGUCAACGUGUAUAAACAUAUACAUAUCUAUAUGAUAUACAUAUACACUAGAAAUUAUAUGGAAGUGCAAAAGACGACUCAGUAUAAAAAUUUGCUUGUGCUUGCAAAACGUGCUCCUAGUAUUAUAUUGCUUAAUGUACUUAAGUGAAAAGGAGUUAAAACACAAUAACUCUUGUUCCACUGUCCACUUUCUCCGCUAAAAUGUUUGAAGUGUCAUGAAUUUCGUAAAUGCAUAUACCCUGCAAAAGGCCUUUUCGAUUUUCGCAUAAACACAUUUCGCUUGCUGGCAUUUGAAAGCAGUUUAGCUGCUUUUGUACCUCUGCUAUAAAAUCUAUACCUUUAUGAUGUAUAUCGAUAAGAUGGCAUUUUAUCAAAAAUUUAAGUAAAAGAAUUUUUACAACGAAUCAUAUCCCAAUCCCUAAAUUAUAUACUUCUGCCAAAACGAAACGCAAAAAAUAACCGACACAACUAAUAACAAUAAUUUCAACGCAACAAGACAUUAUGGAUAUAACACCGGGUCGUGCCCCAUUUAUUGAAGAUGAGGAUUAUACGCCAUUACGGAAGCCAAAGUCGGCUACAAAUACGCCUACACACAGCGCUUCAUCACUAAAUGCAAAUGCCGCGAGCGCGUAUGUUCGCACCGUAUCGCCAUCCAAGCUAUCACCAUAUGCUAAAGAAUUUGUGCCACGCUUUGGUGGCAGCGGUAGUAAUUCUGCAGCUGGCGCACAAGAGCGUUUAGAACGACAUCAGCAACAGUACAAUCAGCAAACCUAUCAACAAUAUCAUCAACAAUCGACGCGACCACAACGUUACUCCAAUGGUUAUCAACAAAAUAAUCAUCACAGUCAUCAUAAUCAACAGCAAUAUGGCCACCAAAUCACCUCAUUGACAGCGUCCGUACAGGAACGCUUAAAGAUCGGUAACGCCUCCGGUAGUAGUGGGAACAAGAAUACUGCCAAUAAUUAUUAUAGCCAAAAUCAGUCACAUCAACAUCCUAGGCAUAAUAAGCAUCAUAAUCAACAUCACGGUGGACAAGGACGCUAUCAACGUCACAAUAAUUCGGGCGCUGCAAAUUCAAAUGCUGGCAAUGGUACCACCAGCUCAGAUGUCGAAACAAUUGCACUCGAUUACUUGAGAACCGUGAUUCAAUGUCUGAAUCAAAAUCCGGGACAAUUUGAUACAACGGCUACACGGUUUCUUACCAUAUUUGAGGGUAUGGAGAAUAAUCAAUAUGUACUUUCGAAUGCUAUGGAAGAUAUCUUCAAUGAAUCCAUACAGAAUCCCAACUUCCGCUAUAUGGGCGCUAAGCUCUACAAUCUUUUGCACAUGCUCAACUUAAAGAAAGACUCACUUUUUCACACCUUGCUCAAAUGCAAGCUGGACUAUCACCAGCAAGAAGUUAUGCAAUAUAUGAAGACAAAUCAACAACAAAAAGUGCGUGAAACGGCUCUCUUCCUCGCCGAAUUAUAUAUGCAAUUGCGUGGUGAUGACACACGCAUACACCUAAUUGCCGAAAAUAUAGUUUACUCACUUAAACAGCUACUAUCGAAGGAGUCUUCCGACAAUAUACGUUGCAUUUGUUUAACACUCAAAUUGGCUGGCUAUGAUUUGACUGCAGACUGUCCUAAUGAAAUGCGUGAAAUCAUUGAGAUUUUACAAGCUGUGAAUCAGCGGUCUCAGGGUAAAUAUCCGCUAGCAGCUAAUGUAAUAGCAUUGCAAAAGAACAAUUGGGGUCGAAAAUUGAAUUCGCCCACCGCAGAGGUUGAGGCAGCAGCUGCAGCAGCAUCAAAAGCGCCAGAACCAUUGCGCAUGAGCGACGAACCGAUAUUCUAUGGUCCAGAUGGGCGUGAAUUGACGGCCGAAGAGACCGACUUCUUAUCUGAUGGAGCAGCGGCUGUGCCGGGUAGUGGUUCCACUGAUGAAGACGGCGAGGGUGGCGAUCUCGAUAUUGAUCUUGAUCCUGAAAUGGAUGAAGAGACCGAAAAGGCUUACAAAGAAUUUUGCAAGCAAAAUAACGCUAGCACAUAGGUAACAGCAAUGCAGUGCAGUAGUUUAGUAAUGUGUAGUAGGCGGCAACAACUUGAAUAUUUUCCAAAACCGCAACAGAAUAAUUCCGCCAUAUACAAGUUUCUUCACAUUCUUAUCGAGUAAACAAAAAAAAAAACACACAAAUUUGUACACAGUUAUACAUAUAUAUGAGCAUAGUGCCCUGCCAAUGUAUUAUUAAGUGUCUAGCAAAUUUCCAGGCAUAUUAGCUAAAGUUAAUGCUGUGAGUUUCUAGGCUUGAUCGAAUAUAUAUAUUUUCGGGGUAUGCUUUACUUUUAGGCUGAAAUUACAGUUGUCGCAUGUGAUGUUAAUGAAAAACAGAAACAAAAACAAAAAAAAAAAACGUUAAUAAAACUAUAACAAAAUGUAAUACUAAUUUAGAAUUAAAAAAAAAAUGGUAUGAACGAGUUGAUUUGAAGCCUACAGAUAAUAGAAUAGUGGAGGAUCACCUAUGCUUCUUUGCAAAGUUAUUCAAAUGCGAUCUUUGAUGUGAUAUUAAAUGCAUAUGUUUAGUGUUUUUUGGCGAUUUUUGUAUGCAUGCAUUGAUUCUCAUAAUAUUUUAGUUGUUAUUGUUUCUUGCAUUGAAACAUAUGUUUUAGACAUAACCACAAACACUUAACACUUAUAGGAAGUAAAUUCCUUAAAGUGUAUAACGUACCAGUAAAUUGUCGAAAUCAUUACACUCCACAUCAAAUUCUAAAUACAUUUUUUAUAUAGCUAGAAAUAUGUUUGUAGAUUUUUCGAAUUUUGAAAAUUUUCUAAUUUUGAAAUGUUGAAAUUUUUAGAAUUUUAAACUUUUUAGAAUUUAAACAUUUUUCGAACUUAGAAAUUUUUAGAAUUUUAAAACUUAAAUUUUCAUUUUAUAAACGACCAAAUUGUAAAUUGUUUUUUUUUUUUUUGCUUAAUUUAUUAUAUUUUAAAUUCUCAUAAAAACGGACAAUGAAAACGAAACUGCACUUUGUUUACCUCGAAAUUUUCAGUAGCCUGAUGCAUGGUUGGCGCAAUACUAACUGUAAUUUCAGCGUUUUUAGUCUUUUCAAGCGGGAAAACCAGCAAAGCAACAAAUCAAGAAAUGAAGAAAUCUUAAUGAAUGUCCUUUCCUUUGUUCAGAACAGAUUAUGUCCAGUCUUUGUGUGUUAUUGGUUUCCAUGCUGCAGUUUUGAUUAGACCACUAAUAUUUUAUGAUCGUUUUUAAUCGUGACAGCGUAAAUAUGACUUAAUUUUUUUUGUUUUUGUAUUACAUUAAGCAAUUUUAUCCAUUUAUUACCGUAUUGUAUGUUUAAUCUCUAACUCAAUGAGACAUACUCGCACUUGGUUUAUCUAUAUUUUGCAUUUUAAUUAUGCAUGUUAUAAUGUGACUGCAAUUGUAA